AUGUCCUUCUCUGUCUACCUUGGUGAUGCUCUGGUGUCAUGGUCUUCCCAGCGGCAGGCCACCGUGUCCAGGUUCAAUGUUGUGGCUGAAUAUCACGGCGUCACCAACAACUAUAAGAUACCACUCGAGUAUGGCCACUCCAGACAAGAGGAUACUUUUCAUUGGAUGGGCAUUAGGAACGAUAGUGAUGGUCGUGAUAAAGGGAAAAGUGAUGUUGAGUAUGAACCUUCAUGGGCUCCGGACUUGAGGAACUUAUAUGCUCCUGGCCCGUCCACGCUGGGUUCUAAUGGGUGGGCCAAUGGGGAAGCGUCAUCUCCUUCUUUAGUCAAGAGAUAUGUGGCAAUGGGUUUCCCAAAAGAAAUGGUCGUGACAAGCAUCAAGGAGAUUGGGCACAGUGACCAAAAUGCAUUGCUUGAGUUACUGUUGACCUAUAAGGCAAUAGGUGAUGAAGAUACAUUGGGUAACAUCUCUACUUCUGGCUGCGCCCUCCAUAGAGUUGAAGAUGGUGAUGAUCUUCAUUUUGAGAGCUCGAAUGGUGAUGAUGAUGCUGGUGAUACAGAGCCCAACUUUGGUGAUUAUAGUGAUGAGGAUUUUGUACAAGAGAUGUUUGAGAAGGACGAGAAAAUCAAUUCAUUAGUAGAUAUGGGAUUUUCUGAAGAUGAAGCUAAUAUGGCUAUUAUAAGAUGUGGUGUGGAUGGUGAUCUCUCUGUAUUAGUUGAUUCGAUUAGUGCAUCACGGGUUGCAGGAAAUUUGAACUUGUCUAACCAUCAGGUCAUGGGUGGAUGCUUCGAUUCUUUUGGAGGGAGAAAGAAAGCAAGGUUGGUGGAAGAGAGAAAGAAAAAAAGGAAGCGAUGUGGAUGUACUGGACAGAGCAAUCAACCCUCUUUGGAUUGCAACCAUGAUGAAGAUAUGCUUAUUCCAAAUCCAAUGGUUGGAUUUAACCUGCCCAAUUAUAGCCUUCCAUUAGUUAGGGUGACCAGAAGGAUUCUUGAACAAGAUAUGGGACCACCUUAUUUCUACUACGAAAAUGUGGCUAGGGCUCCCACGGGUGUAUGGGCGACCAUUUCAAGAUCUCUGUAUGACAUUCAACCUGAGUUUGUAGAUUCCAAACAUUUGUGUGCAACUGCAAGGAAAAGAGGCUACAUACAUAACUUGCCAAUUGAGAACAGAGCACCUCUUCUUCCUUCGCCUCCAAUGACCAUAUUUGAGGCAUUCCCUCGUUACAAGAAGUGGUGGCCUUCCUGGGACCAGAGAACACAGUUCAACUGCUUGCUAACAGGUGUGGCAGGUCCAAAGCUGACUGGAAAGAUUGGGCGUGCUCUUGCAAGUGCGGACACUCCACCAUCUCAAAGUAUUCAAAAGUAUGUCAUCGAUCACUGCAAAAGGUACAAUCUUGUCUGGGUUGGAAAAAAUAAGGUUGCUAAGUUAGAGCCUCAAGAGAUUGAAUAUCUGCUUGGUUUUCCAAAGGACCACACAAGGGGUCUCAGCGACACAAAUAGAUACAAAUCUCUAGGCAACUCAUUCCAUGUUGAUACUGUUGCUUACCACUUGUCAGUGCUAAAAGGCAUGUUUCCCAAUGGUGUUAAUGUGCUGUCCUUAUUCACUGGUAUUGGAGGAGGAGAGGUAGCUUUGCACAGGUUGGGAAUCAACAUGAGGACAGUGGUUUCUGUUGAAAUAGACAAAGCUAGUAAGAGGAUUUUCAGGGAUUGGUGGAAUCAGACCCAAACAGGCACGCUGAUUGAGAUUGAUGAUGUGAAAUCUCUUACUGAUGAUCAAGUUGCAACAUAUGUUACUACAUUUGGUGGCUUCGACUUGGUGAUUGGGGGCAGCCCAUGUAACAAUCUUGCUGGGUGCAACCGAUCCAGCCGUCAUGGCUUGGAGGGCAAGCAAUCUGUUUUGUUCCACCAUUAUGUCAGAAUCUUGAAUGCCGUCAAGUCGGCUAUGGCCAGGAAGUAG